AGUUAGAGUCUUUAAAGAAGCAGCAGCAUGGCAGUGAGGCCAGGAUCCCAAAUAACAGAUUUCCAGAAACUUGCCUCAAAGCCCCAAUGCCUGCCAGGCCUGUGAAGCUGGUGAGCACAGACCUGCUGGCAGUAAUGGGCGGUGGCUAAUUAUCUGCUUCCCAGAGCAGAGAUGGCUGGGGAUGGGGCAGGUGGGAUUGGGGAGGUAGGAUGGAGUCCUGCCCUGGUAAACCAGAAAGCAAUGCAGGCCAGGAGCUACAGGGCAGGUGCUGGGGCAGGUGGGAGGAGAUUGUGGGCACACUUGAGCUAUCACAACCCUCUCACACCACUCGUGGAGCCCAUGCAUCCCACGCCUGAGUGAACCACCAAGUGCAUGUGCAGGAACGUGUACCCUUUCUGGAAGACGGAAUUGUAGACGUGGAGUACAGCUGGACCUCUGCUAGCAGAGUGCUCACCAGGAGGCCCCCCUGGGACAGCUGCAACCUCUUGUAUACUUCCUGCCCACCCAGGCCAAGUGACUGGGGAGUGGUACACGAGGUCACUGGACGGUGGGGGAAGAAAGAUUCAAGUAAGCAGGUGACCCUGUUCACCCCUACCGUGCACUCAUUGACCUUCAUGUCCAGGAAACAAUGCUUGGGUGGAAAAAAGUCACUAAUCUGGUUACUUUGGGGGAGGAGCUUCUUGGUUCCUGGCAAAAAGAGAAGCCAACCCAGGCUCAGUGUGUGUGGAUGGGGAGGGCCGCUGGGGGUGGGACAGGCAGGCGUGAAAAGAACUGGGUUGUACUGACCACCGUUCCUUGCAUUUCCUCACCACCUGCUGCUGGUUCCCUGUGUUGGGAGAGACAAUUCGAGCAGGAAUUUAAUUUGUUUUAGUACAACAGCAAUUUAAGAAGUCUGGAAAACAAAAAGGGUCAGUAAUUCCACUAUUCAGUGCUAAUCACUAUUAAUGUUUUAAAGUGUAUUCAAAUCCUUUCCUUACAUGGCUGUGGGUAUGUGGGGUGGGAGUGUAUUUCCUAAAAAGAUAAAAUCCAGGCAUGAUGCAUUUCCCUCUCCCUACAUCACAUCCAAAUAAGAGUUCUGACUGCUUUGACACCAAGAGGCUCUGGGACCUGAAAGUGUAGUGAGGGGCUCCUGGUCCCCUAGGGGCCAUCAGGGACUCUCCUGACACUGAGGGAAGCUGCUACCUGGGGGGAGAGGGGUCCUAGGUGUUCUUGUCCACUGAAGGCUGAGGGAGCAUGAGAAGGGAUGAGGGAGAAAUAAGGUGGCAGAGGGGGCUAUGACAAAGGAGAAGGAAUCAGGGGAGAAAGCCAGCGGAGAGCAGGCAACUCCUUAAAGAUCAGGGGUACGGCUGACCCUCGAACAACACGAGGUUAGGGGCACUAACCCCCCAAGCAGUCAAAAGUCCAAGUAUAUAUUUUUGACUCCCCCAAACCUAACUACUAAUGGUCUACUGUUGACUACAAGCCUUACCCAUAGCAAACUAUCGACUGGCACAUAUUUUGUAUGCUAUAUGUAUUAUAUAUUGUAUUUUUAUAACAAAGUACGCUAGAGGAAAUACAUUGUUAAGAAAAUCAUAUGGAAGAGAAAAUAUGUUUACAGUACUGUACUGUAUUUAUCAAAAACUAUCCUCAUAGAGGUGCACUUGUGAAUGGGGCACCUGGGUGGCUCAGUUGGUUGGGUGUCCGACUUCAGCUCAGGUCACGAUCUCACGGUUCGUGAGUUCGAGCAUCGGGCUCUGUGCUGACGGCUUAGAGCCUAGAGCCUGCUUCAAAUUCUGUGUCUCUCUCUCUUCCCGCUCCUCCCCCGCUCAUGCUCUGUCUCUCUCUCCUUCAAAGAUAAAUAAAGACAUUUAAAAAAAAAUUUAGAAUUGGACCUGUGCAGCCAGCCUGGGCCAGUGAGAGGGUGAAGACCCAGAGGGGGGCACCUGUUGCUGAGCCCCCCUCUCUCCCCAACCCCAGCCCCAAGGACGGGGCCCUUGGUGGCAAGCCCCCCUGUACCUGCUCUGUGCGGCUCUGACUGGGCCGGCCCCUCCCCGCCCCCACCGCCUCCAGGAUUAGCUUUAUGGGUUGAGUAUUUCUUAGGCGGGCCUCCUUCCUCUGCCAGUCCCUGCUUAUCAGAGCAUCUACAACCCCCACCUCAACCUUAUCACUCAGUCCAUCUCCUUAGACUGGAAGUCCCAAGGCUUCAGAGGCCAUUACCAUCCCACACAGCCCCAACCCCCAGCAAAGCAGAAAGUUGCCCUACAAGGUGACCCCCCUCCCCUUUCCCAGCUGGCAUCUCCCUACCACCUGGGUGAGAGCAUGGUUCCUCCUGGUCUCUGGCAUCCCCUCUCCCUUUCCUUAUUUGUUUUCCUUUCAAUUCCCCUUCUAUAAAGGUCACUUUGUCCACCCUUCAAUCUUGUAGUAAAAGAAGAGGGGAGUCCCCUGCUCCUGAAGACCCCCCAAGGUCCUGUGUCCCCCCAAGUCUCUCACAUCUGUACAGGCCGAAGAUUCAGAAGAAAAAGCAAGUUAUGGCGGACGAUUUGGAGCUAAGUUUCCAACUUUAAAGCCAGUCUAGUUUUGUUACUAGCCGUGGGCCAUCACCCUCCCUCCCUCUCUGUGCUCUGCCCUUCUCUUUAGAAAAUUGGGAGAGCCCUCAGCCUAUUCCCAGGUACCGCAUCUAUCUCCCAGGUGACUCGAAUUCAGAAACAAGCAUUUCCAAUCAGAAGAGAAAUAGAAACCACCCUAUUAGAAAAUAACACAAAAGGUGAUGUGUCCUCAGUCCUGCCUCAUCAUUCCCAAAGAGAGUCCCCAGAUUUCUCUGUCCACCACCUCGGCUCAGCUCCUGCUGUUCCAGUUCUGGGGUCUCCCCUGACUGGGGCUCCACAAAGCUGGGAAGGAAGAGAAGUUUCACUGAGGACGUGGCCUGGAAGCCUCCGGGAGGCUGGCUGCAAGGUUGAGAACAGAGACAACCACAAAGACCGCAAUGCAGACAAGCAGCGCUCAGGGCUUGGAGCCCAUCUGCGGAAGGAGAACCAAUAGUCACUGAACUCUUACGCUCAGGCUUUACAGACACAUGAGACAGUACAAUUAUUGGCCCCAUUCUACAGUUUGGAAGACUAAGGCCUGGGAAGCUCACUUAACUGAUCUGUAAGGGGCCAAGAGCCAGAGUUCAAACCAGAACCUGCCUGAUUGUCAAGCUGGAGGGCCUUUACUUUUCUACUUUCCUGUAUCCCAGUAAGUGCUCACCUUGCGUGUGGGGCCCACAUUCUGGGCUUCAUCCUUGCUCCCCCUCUGCAUCCCACAGUCUCCUAGCCUUCCCCUGUCUCCCCUGCAGCCCCAGCCCACUGCUGGGAAGGAAGUUCCCUCCUCCACCUCCCCUCCCAGCUCUAGAGCAGGUUCUGUGCCCGGGGGCUCUCUAGAGAGAGCUCCUCCCCUCCAGGUAAAGCCACAUUCUCCUGGCAGGGCCCCCAGUCACCUCACGGCACACACACACACUCCGCCCACAAACUGCACGCUGUAUACACAAGUCACACUGGAGAUAUACUCACUCUCAGUCCCAACCCCAAACAGACCCCGCCUCCUCCUCUGUGGACUCCUAGACCGGCUCCUUUUACCACAUUCCCUAACCUGCCAGUGCCUGAAAGAAGACGAUAUGGGGUCUCCUCCACCUAAGGCAGAGGGGCCCAGGGUCCAACUCCAGAAACUUCUGGCCUCCUGGCUGCUCAGAGAGCAGGACUGGGAUCAGCAUCUGGACGAGGCCCACAUGCUGCAACAGAAGAGGAUCCGAGAGUCUCCACUGCUUCAGGCAGCCAAGGAAAAUGACCUGUGUGCCCUCAAGAAACUUCUGCUGGACCGAAGCUGUGAUUUCCGACAGAGAGGAGCCUUGGGGGAGACCGCGCUGCAUAUAGCGGCCCUCUAUGACAAUCUCGAGGCCGCCGUGGUGCUGAUAGAGGCUGCCCCGGAGCUGGUCAAGGAGCCCACCUUGUGUGAGCCGUUUGUAGGUCAGACCGCCCUGCACAUAGCCAUCGUGAACCAGAACGUGAACUUGGUGAGAGCCCUGCUUGCCCACGGGGCCAGCGUGUCUGCGAGAGCCACAGGCAUGGCAUUCCGCCGCAGCCCCCGCAACCUCAUCUACUUUGGGGAGCACCCCUUGUCCUUUGCUGCCUGCGUGGGCAGUGAGGAGAUGGUGAGGCUGCUCAUUGAGCAUGGAGCUGACAUCCGGGCCCAGGACUCCCUGGGAAACACCGUGUUGCACAUCCUCGUCCUGCAGCCCAACAAGACCUUUGCCUGCCAGAUGUACAACCUGCUGCUGUCCUAUGAUGGGCGCAGGGACCACCUGCAGUCCCUGGACCUCGUGCCCAAUCACCAGGGUCUCACCCCCUUCAAGCUGGCCGGAGUGGAGGGCAACACCGUGAUGUUCCAGCACCUGAUGCAGAAGCGGAAGCACAUCCAGUGGACCUACGGGCCGCUGACCUCCACUCUCUAUGACCUCACCGAGAUCGACUCCUGGGGGGAGGACAUGUCCUUUCUAGAGCUGGUGAUUUCCUCCAAGAAGCGAGAGGAGGCCUAUGUGACUCAGCAGGAUAAGAUCCGUCUGGUGGGGGAGCUGGUGACCAUCAUGGGGGCUGUGAUCAUCCUGCUCCUGGAGAUCCCGGACAUCUUCAGAGUUGGUGCUUCUCGCUAUUUUGGACAGACUAUCCUCGGGGGACCGUUCCAUGUCAUCAUCAUCACCUAUGCCUGCAUGGUGCUGGUGACCAUGGUGAUGCGGCUCUCCAACAUGAACGGGGAGAUGGUGCCCAUGUCCAUUGCCCUGGUGCUGGGUUGGUGCAGUGUUAUGUACUUCGCUCGAGGAUUCCAGAUGCUUGGUCCCUUCACCAUCAUGAUACAGAAGAUGAUUUUUGGAGACUUAAUGCGCUUCUGCUGGCUGAUGGCUGUGGUUAUUCUGGGAUUUGCCUCAGCGUUCUAUGUCAUUUUCCAGACAGAGGACCCAUCCAACCUGGGGCAAUUCUAUGACUAUCCCAUGGCACUGUUCAGCACCUUUGAGCUUUUCCUCACCGUCAUUGAUGGGCCUGCCAACUACGAAGUGAACUUGCCCUUCAUGUUUGGCAUUGUCUACUUUGCCUUCACCAUCAUUGCCACGCUGCUCAUGCUCAACCUGUUCAUCGCCAUGAUGGGUGAUACACACUGGCGGGUGGCCCAUGAGCGGGAUGAGCUCUGGAGGGCCCAGGUGGUGGCCACCACAGUGAUGCUGGAGCGGAAGCUGCCUCGCUUCCUGUGGCCUCGCUCUGGGAUCUGCGGGUGCCAGUAUGGGCUGGGGGACCGCUGGUUCCUGCGAGUUGAGAACCACCAUGAUCAAAAUCCUUUGCGAGUGCUUCGCUACGUGGAAGCUUUCAAGGGCUCAGACAAGGAGGAUGGACAAGAGCAGCUUUCUGAGAAACAGCCCUCUGUUUCUGUGAUCGAAAGUGGGACCCCAGCCAGAGCCUCUCUGGCCCCUCCAACGCCUUCCCUAUCCCGGACCACAUCUCACAGCAGCAGCAGCCACCGGGGCUGGGAGAUCCUGCGUCGCAACACAUUAGGACACGUGAAUCUUGGGCUGGACCUUGGCGAGGGAGAUGGAGAGGAAAAUAUCUAUCAUUUAUGAUGAGGACCCCUGUUUCUAUAGGCCUGAAAAACAGGUGGGCCUAAAUGGAGGGAAGUAUCUGAUUGUUUUGCCUGUUAAUCAUGAGAGGGGAUAGGCAGAAUAAUUCUUAAAGGUCAUGUCUCAUCCUUCACAUCAGCAUUUCUGGAGAUGGGCAAUGGACGUCUGUUGUCCCACAUAUCUUCCAGUUUCCUGAAAGUCCCACAUCUUGAGAAAAGAAGGUGUCUCUUAGAGCAAAGUUGGAUUUAGCCAUCAAAGACAUGAACUAGGGAUGCUAGACUAACAUCUGGAUCAUCUUUCUUUCUGCCUCAUGCAGGCACUAAAAAGUAGUGAGCUGUGAAGCCUGCUUGGUUCCACAAGGCUUAAUGUGGGAAGAUCCAGGCAUGGCACUGAAUUUAUGGCCCUUCCCUUUUCCCCUGUAGGACUCUCUCUCACCCCACAACCAACCCCCAACUAGAAAACUGCAAUAAGAAAGGUUCUUUAUCCUUGCUUUAUUUUUCAGAAAUUUUAUUGUGGGAAGAUACACAUCACAUAAAUUUACUGUCUUAACCAUAUGUAGGUAUACAAUUCAGUGGCAUUAGGUACAUUUACACUGUUGCAUAAUGAUAACUACUAUUCAUCCACAGGAUGCUCUCAUCAUCUCAAACCAAAACUCUGGUACUCAUUAAACAUUAACUCCCCACUGUCCCCUCCACACAGUCCCUCAUAACCAAUAUUCCACUCCACGUCUAUGAAUUUGACUACUCUAGGUACCUCAUACAGGUGGAAUCAUUCAAUAUUAAUCCUAUUGUGUCUGGCUUAUUUCACUUAGCAUAAUAGUUUCAAGAUUCAUCUGUGUUGUAGCAGGCAUCAGAAUUUUAUUCCUUUUAAGGGUCAAAUAAUAUUUCAUUGUAUAGAUAUAUCACAUUUUAUUUAUCCAUUCAUCCACUGAUGGGUAUUAGGAUUGUUUCCACCUUUUGGCUAUUAUGAGUAAUACUGCUAUGAACAUUGGCAUAUAAUUCUCUUCAAGUUCUUGCUUUCGAUUUCUUCGGGUAUAUCCUUAGCUGUGGAAUGGCUUGGACUUAUGGCAAUUAUUAAUUAAUUUUUUGAGGAACUGCCACACUUUGUUGUCUUUCUUUCUUUCUUUCUUUCUUUCUUUCUUUCUUUCUUUCUUUCUUUCUUUCUUUCUUUCUUGUUUUCUCCUUCUCCUUCUUUUUGAUAAUAGCCAUCCUAAUGGAUAUGAAGUGAUAUCUCAUUGUGGUUUUGAUUUGUAUUUCCCCAAUGACUAAUGACAAUGAACAUCUUUUCAUAUGCUUAUUGGCCAUUUGUAUUUGGAGAAAUAUCUAUCAAAUCCUUCAUCUAUAUUUUGGAUUCUGUUUGUUUUUUGUUGUUUUUGAAUUGUCUUAUCCUUGCUUUUUGAGACUCAGAGUCUAAAAGGUUUGUAUCUCAUUUGUGUCUACAUGUAUGUUUAAAUAAGUGGUAAAUUAUGCCUUUUGU